UUCUCACACCUGUUGAGUAUGCGUAUACUUGCUGUUACGCUGUUGUCUCAACUUAUCUGUUGUUUACACAUAUGUUCUGUGGAAGAUCCGUUUUAUAAACGUUAGGUUUAAGUCUCCUAAUGUUUUUUUUUUAUUUAGUGGAACAAGAAGGUUUAGUGAUAUUAAGGUUACAGUGCGUAAAGACGCCAGUCGAGCCGUCUUUCUAUGAAUCAGUUAGUGUGUUACAUACAAUUUUCGCAUAACCGAAUAUUUCAAGAAUUAGUGUGAGCACAACGUGACGCACACCAAAGAAAGAAAAACCGUAACCCAAGCGUAAAAAUUCGCAAUUUCUUCUAUGAUGGGUUUUUCCAUGUUUUCAGAUAGUUCUGCCUGAAACACGUACUCUAGGAAAUUAGGUCUUAUCCAAAUAAUAAUAUGUACGAAGCUGUCAGUAGCAACAACAAACACAUAGGCCUAACUCAAAGUGUUUGUAAGAAUGGUACAGCUAACCUACCACAACGAAGUAUUUCAUCAUGUACGACAAACUUAGCAUUUUCACGCACUGGAUCGAUAGUAAAAGAAGCGUCAACAUCAGAACACUGGAUUGCUGUUAAGGGCCUGCAUAUAUACAAAAGAGAAGAAUUGGAAAGGCUUUCGAAAGAGGAACUGAAGUUAGUGGUAACAAAUUUGUCUGCAAUGAUAGAAGCUAAAUCUGAAGAACUGGUGCCUCUCCUGCAAGAACGUGAUGCUAUGUUGGAUGAAAUUGAAGCUAGAAAUGUCUCUAUUGAACAACUCUUAAAGCUAACGGGGACUAGCAAGAUAUAAUAUUUUUGGUUGCUUUAAAUGUGACAACUUUCGACAACACGUUCAAUUUAACUCAAUGCGAAUGAUAAUUUGUGUAUCAUUUAUUAUUCGAGGCGACCUUGGGGCAUCUUGUUAGUUUUUUCUUAUUACCACAAAUCAGUGUCAACUUAUGUAAAAACAGGACUAUGCAAAUCAUCUGGUAAACUUCGUUUUUUUUAUUAUUAUUUAGAAUGAAGAUGUGAUUUUUGCGUAACUAAUCCAUCUAGAUUCACAACAAAAAUGACACCUUCAAACCUCUCUAGUAGUUUGAUGAUCAAAGAAGUUAUCACUGUUUUCCAACAUUUAAAUAAUAGUAUUAAAUUUAUUGGUGUUACUUGAUGAAUCCUGGGCUCUCGCUUUUGACGUAAAUAUCUUGAGGUUUCCAUUGAUGUAACUUUAAUAUUACGUUAUUUACUAUAAAUUUGUAGAAUCUAACGUGUACCAUUUCAGAAAAAGUAACUCACAGGAAACCUUUAAUGUUGAAACCAAAGGAUUUUAAAUUUGUUGUAUACGUUUUUAUGGUAACUGUGUUAUCAUUUAUGCGUUCUGGUAAUAUUUGUACAAGAAACAAGCCUGUUUUACCAUAGAAGUCUAUUAUACACCAUGUGUAUAUAUCUUCAUAAAUAUCUGUAAAUAUAUUAUGACGAUUAUAAAAACACUACAUGUCAAAUAGCAACACGUGCCAAGUGCUUUAUAUUUUAUAAAUAUCAAUGGAAUUUUCAGUUCGACCGUAUCGAUAACACAAUAAAGAGUUUGUUCGUAAAAGAAACAUGUGCUUCAACUAAAGUAAAAUGUAACACGUGAAUCGAUUGCAACAAACUUAUUCAAGAUAAAUUAAUUAAAGUUAUUUAAAAUAUUUUUCUGCAAGAUGUACUGAUAUAGCAAACGCAUUUUUCCAAAUGUAAAGCCGGAAACAGAAUUUGCUUCUUUAACAAUUUCAAGGGACUUCAUCCAAGUCCUAAUAUCUUGAGGCAGUGUUUCAGCAACUAAAGGAAUUUUUUGCCCCUUUAUAAUGUUUUUAUACAUAAGUUUCGAAAAAUAUCUUGUUUCAAUAUUUAGCAUUAAUAUACAACGAGGGAUGAGUGUGAAGAAAAAAAAAAUCCAAAAUAUAUUGAGCUCAAUUCUGGGUACCAAAGGUAUGUUUUAGUUUGUUUGUUGAUAAACACAAGUCUACACAUUGGCCCGUAUUUUACCCGUCGCUGUAUCAAAACUCGAUUAUGUUUCAAGCGUAUAAAUUUCUCAAACAUACCGUUGAGUCACCGGGGGACGGGUGUCCCCCGGAAACUUUUUCAAAUUAGAAGCUUUCUGACGCAUUAUCCUCCGAUUUAUUUAUUUAAUAUAUGAUGUCCUAAUGUCUUACACUAAGUUAGCUAAAUGUUGUCAUUUGGUAAUCACAUGUGGUUUUUGGUAGUUAAUGUGUCAAAAUUGUACGUGAAUCCAAUGAUGCAUAGUUUAUAAGUUCGUUGAUUAUCGUGGAUAACGCUUUUCUUGGUAAAUCAACCAUUGAUGAAUUCUCCCAGUUUUGACUUCACCAUUUAGUUUACUCCCAACACCAAUGCUCAUUUCUAGUUCUUUCUCCAACCAGUCCCACUUAAAUGUGUCUUUAAGUAAACUAUCAACUUUUCUGGCCCUAGUUUUAUCAUGACGCUCGAGAACUUUGCCUUAAAAAAAUCAUCCUAUCUUUAGAUUAAACUAAGUGUUAAUUUUUCCAUGAAUUUUUCGCGAAAAAAUAAUAAUAUAGAAAACAAAACAUGACAUAAAAACGCCCUUUUAGAAAAUCGAGAAACGUAAAUUCUUAUUGGGCAAACGUGUCGAAAUGUAAGCAUAGUUAGGACUGGAUCAUGGUGGCGUUUAUUUAGGAUAGGUCAACCACGAGUGUUCUACAGGAACGAUAAAAUGCGUUUGUAGUUAAGCACAAAGCUACACAAUGGGCUGUCUGUAAUAUGCCGACCACGGGUAUCGAAACUCGGUUUUUAGUGUUAAAACAGGUAAUAAAGUAUUACCCAAAUUGCUUUUAGUUUAUCUUAUCACAUCAGUUCUUUGGACAGGCAACCCUAAAUUUUACCAAUCCACAUUAAA